AUGCAAAGCCGUAUUGUUGUCAAGCUAGUAGUUUAUGCAAUUGCCUUAUGCUCCGUUACGUCAGCCAAGUCCGCCGGGUUGAAGGCGUUGGUCAAAAGCUUCUUCAGCAAUGACGACGCCACCGAUGAGCAUGCUGACCAGAUGGAUCCAUCUAUGACCGAUGACCGCACGUGUGUGUUCAAAUGGUCUUCGUUUAGCUGUGAACCGAAAGAUCGGUGUUCACUUCAGUACCAAUUCGGCGAUAUUACGCCAUCCCAGGCAUGUCGAGUGACCGAUACCUGCGAUCACACGAAGGAACCCCAGCAAAUUCACUUGGCUUAUGCCGGCAAGGAACCUGGCACCGGCAUGGCGAUCUCCUGGGCCACAUUUUCGCUCGAAGAAUUUCCAGCUGUAUGGAUUGGAACUAGCAAAACCACGAUUGAUAUAGUGAAGACUGCGAGAAUUGAAACGAAGUCGUACUACAAGGACGACGACUAUUCUUUGUACAACUACCAUGCUGUUGUGACUGGCCUGAAGCCGUAUACGGAAUACUUCUAUAAAGUGGGUAAUGCUACUAAUCCGAAAGCCCAGAGUACAGUGAGUUCGUUCAUGACGGCUCGUUCAAGUGGAGACAACAGUCCAUCUGUCGUCGCCGUGUUGGGAGAUAUGGGUACGGAGAAGUACUCUAUUGCUACAAACAAAUACCUUAACAGUUUGGUAGGCAAGGUUGACUUUGUUUUUCAUAUCGGUGACAUUUCGUACGCCGACAACGCUUUUUUGAAAGCACUGAACAUGUUUGGUUUUUUUUUUGAGGAAACCUGGAACAAGUACAUGAACUCACUGUCCAAAGUCAUGCGUCGCAUGGCGUAUAUGGUAGUAGUUGGUAACCACGAGGCUGAGUGUCACUCGCCGGUGUGUAUAUGGUCUACUGAAAAAAAGAAUCAACUGGGCAACUACACCGCCUUCAACACACGUUUUAAGAUGCCCUCGCACGAGUGCGGUGGAGCACUUAACAUGUGGUACUCGUUUGUGUACGGGUUGAUGCACGUAGUAGCCUGUUCGUCCGAAACAGACUUCCCGAAUCCACCCAACAACGCGUACUUUACGAACCGCAAGUAUGGUAACUUUGGAAACCAGUUGGCAUGGCUGGAGGCCGAUCUGAAGGCUGCUCAUGCCAACCGUGCAAAUGUGCCCUGGAUUGUUGUUGCCAUGCACCGUCCUUUAUACACUUUGCGGUCUUGCGAUGCUAACGGCGUGCCCACAGACGACUACGAGGCUCUUAAAGUACAAAAGGCGUUUGAGAAACUUCUGAUCAAGUACAAGGUGGAUUUGGUGUUGCAAGGCCACGUGCACGCCUACGAGCGACAUUACCCGACAGCAGACAGUAAGGCUAUCAUGGAUGGAGUGUCUAAGGAUGGAGGGACAUACACGAACCCGCUUGUUCCUGUGUACAUAAUUACGGGCCACGGCGGUAAUUCGGAAGGUCUGUACCCGUUUAAAAACCCUCCUACACCGGAGUGGCUCGCUGUCGUGGAUAAUACGCACUAUGGUAUCACGAAGCUUUUAGUUACCGCAACGAAUCUUACCGUCACAAUGAUAGAAUCGGCCACGGAAAAGGUGUACGACAAGUUCUCCAUCAUCAAAAAUGUGACGGCUUAUACUCAAGCUGACUAG